AUGUUUGAAAAUGAAAUGCGAUUGUUAAGAAACAAGGAAAGGAUUCCUAAAAACUCUAGAUUACUUAGUUUAAAUCCGUAUUUAGAUGAUCACGACGUUCUAAGAGUAGGAAGAAGAUUGGAAAAUGUUAAGAUGUCGGCUGAAAUCAAACAUUCCAUUAUACUGCCAAGCGCUCAUUAUGUCACGAAGCUAAUAAUAAAGAACAAAUAUGAGAAAUUGUUCCAUACUGGCACUCAAGCUACUUUGUCAGCUAUACAAGAGUUUUGGCUUUUAGCUACAAGAAGAGAGGUAAAAAAUAUUACAAGGACUGCGUACGUUGUAUCAAGUCGUCACCUACCUCUUGUCAGCAAUUCAUGGGUCAAUUACCGGCUGCUCGAGUCACUUCAGUUAGACCAUUGUUACAACACUGGAGUUGACUACUGCGAACCUUUUUUUGUUCGAGAUAGAGUUCGCAGGAAUAAUAAGCAAUACAAAGCUUACGUUUCUGUUUUCACGUGCAUAGUAAUCAAAGGAGAUGUUGUGCACUUAGUGUUAGUAGAAGAUUUCCGCAGCUUUUAUCGGAGCUUUGAAGCGGUUUGUUUCUCGAAAAGGAAAGAACGCGAACUUUCAAACUCUCAAAAUGCUAUCACUGAAGAACGAAUGACCUGGCAUUUUAUACCAUCUAGAGUACCACAUUUUGGAUUGUGGGAGGCUGUUGUUCGGUCCAUGAAACAGCAUCUAAAAAGAACCAUUGGAAACGCAUCGCUUACUGUAGGAGAAAUGAGCACGGUUUUGGCGCAGAUUGAGGCGAUCUUAAAUUCUAGACCCUUAAUCCCUUUCAGAUGCUAUGGAUCUGAGCGUAUUGACUCCGGCACAUUUCCUAAUCGGGGAUUCUUUGAAGCCUAUUCGAAAGCAAAUCUUCAAGACGUAGCACCAAAUAGACUUACUCGAUGGCAACAUGUGGAGCGAUUGAAACAGCACUUCAAAGUGAAGUAUUUGUCUAAGUAUUGGUCUAAGUAUUGGUCUAAGAAGUAUUUGAUCCUUUGUCAAGAAAGAGCGAAAUGGAAACUUCUGUUAAGCUAA